UGCGAAAUAGUCUGACCGUUUACUUUUCUAAUCGGAAAACUCUAUAAAAUAGCGUUACGUCGUCAAAUAAAGGCGCAAGGAAACCAGAACGUCGUUGUGUCGUAAAGGAAACGCAAAGGGGCCAUUUAAAUCCGGCGCCCCGAGAGGGACAUUGAGAGCAAUCAUAUGAUUAGUCGCUCUACCGACCACUGACCAAUAGUCGUCACUGUUAGUGACACCAGCGGAGGCAAUGGCCGACAAUCUGCACAAGCAGCCCAGGAAGGGCAUACUUAAGAAUUCCUCGAGUUUCGAAGGCAACGGGAGACCGCGAGAGAAAGAGACAAAAUGGGACGAAAUGAACAUAUUGGCUACUUUACAUCCAAAGGACAAAGACUAUGGUCACAUGAAGAUAGAGGAACCUAAAACUCCCUUUAGCCAUUAUAACGAAGGUGACUCGGGAGAUGAGAAUGAUGGUUUGGAUGCUGACCUUCUUGCAAAGAAGAUUCAGCUAGGUGGCUCAGAACUUCCCAAGGCUCUCAUUGAAGUGGAACAGGAGUUGGAAAGUGAAGAUGAAGAUAUUUCUCCAGAAGAGAGGGAGAAAAGAAAAAUAUUUGAAAUGAAAAGGAAGAAGCACUACAAUGAAUUCUAUGCUGUCAAACUUGCUAGAAAACUGAUGCAGAACGAUGAAGAGGAGGAUGAGGAUGAAGAUGACAAUGGAGAUGAUGCCGUGAAAGAGAAGAAAGGUGGCUCGAUGGAUGAUGUGACAGAAGGAGAAAACUCAAGUAUGUCGAGUCCCAAUGAGGAGAUGGCUUUAGGGGAGGAGCAGGCAUCAGGAGAUUGAGGAUUGGGAGAAAAGUUAACAGUACUGUAUCUAUAUGAUGCAUUCAAAGCAAUUACUGUUGUUAAGUCCCAUAUGGGAUUUCAUGCUGCUAGUUACUAGCUACCAACCCUGCUCACAUGCAUCCUCCCCUAAACACAGUCAUUUGGUCAUCAUUCUUGUUGGAAACCUAUAAUCUCUGGUAGGUUAGUAGUUUGUGCUUCUCAGCCACCAAGAUUUUUCUACAUUAAAAAUGGCUGAUCAUCACUAUGGUUUGGUUGUCUUUUAAAAUUGGUCCUUUAGUAGAGCAUUUAAUUUUAAAGUUAUCAUAUCAAGGCCAGGUUGUCUGAGACAGUCUUGCGUAAAUGGUUUAUUUUCUUUAUUUCAAGAAGUGGUGCCAUCUAUAAAAAUCACAUUAACAUGUUUAUGGUAAUAAAGUUACAGUAAUAAUAAUAUAUAGUUAUAAAUUUUGAAGGAAAUACCCAAUAAUUUUAUUUUAUUAAAAGCAUAGCCUGAUUUUCCAGGAAUAGUAGGAAACAGAUGACCUCUUACAGGUAAGGUCACAAUACAGUAUAAUUAUAUAUUUAUAUAUGGCAUAUAACUAUAUACACAUUUAUAUAUAUCUAUAGUUAUUUAUCAUUAAAUAUAUUUGCCUCUAAAACACUUGUACUUUAUUCUUUUUGUAUACUACUACAUAAUCAUGUAUACUACAUAAUCAUGCAUGAAUACAGGUUAAAUUUAUUGCAUAAAUCUUCAUGGACCUAAUAACUUCAGUUCAACAGAAUUAGAAUGAAUAUCUAGUAUUUUGUGACCUUGGUUCUUUAGCUUUUGUAUUAGUUUUAUUAUAUUUUCCAGGGUCCUUGCACUUUUUAUGUUCUUAUGUAGAAUCCAGUGAUAUAUGCAAUAACAACUAUUUAUCAAGUCAUUUCAAUAUGAGAAAAUUUUUAUAUAGCUCUGUUCCACAUCUUAGAGUGAAAUACAUUUGCUGAACAUUAUUUAUUUCAAAUCAGGGUGGUUUAACUCGCAUCUGUUAUGAAACAUAGAAAGUUUCAACUCUAGUUCUAGGUUUAAGCUGAUUACUUUAAUAAUGGUCUGGGUAAUCCAUUUCAUUAACUAUAACAUGUAGAUGAGGAAUUCCUUCUUCCAGUUGAUGUUAUUCAGUUAGCAGAUAGGGAGUAUGUUGUAUUGUUAAGAUUAGGUGCUUGCAUUACUAGGACACACUUUAAAGAGUAAAUGAAUUUGGUAUAAAUCACAAAUGAAAUAUUUACUUACCAUGAGUUCCUGCUUCGAUGAUCUGAGUUAUCCAUCUAUGUAAAUGAAUUGAAAAACCAGUAACUCACAAUUCCCAAAUACUACAGUACGUAUUGUAUACUAUACAUGCAUGCACAGCUUGGUCGUUAACUAUCAGUUCAGUGUCAGUAUAACCUCCCCCCCCC